GAAUCAAAAAAAGCCACUAGAUCAGUCUGAUCAAUCACAGCGAAGGAAGGGCAGAACUUAGGUCUAGAAGUGAGUUGGCUCGUUUUGCGAUAGAUGGUAUCGAAUGGACGUGGAAAGUUUACUGUUAUUAACAUAUGAUUGAAAACUUUGAUUAGAAUAUGAAUGGAACAACAUACUCACACUUUGACAGUCAAGAACAUGUUUUGAAAUUAGGCGAAACAUUUGAGAAACAACCCAAAGGUGCUUACCACACGGUGCGAUAUGACUUCAAACCAGCCUCCAUUGACACCUCCUGUGAGGGAGAGCUGGAGGUGGGAAAGGGAGAACAAGUUACCAUCACACUGCCCAAUCUGGAGGGAUCCACUGCCCCUGUAACAGUCUUCAAAGGAUCCAAGAGGCCUUAUAUGAAGGAAUGUAUUCUCAUUGUAAACCAUGAUACAGGAGAGUACCGUCUGGAGAAACUCAACAGCAACAUUGCAGUCAAGAAGACCAGGGCUGAAGGCAGCAGUAAGAUCCAGUCUCGUAUAGAGCAGCAGACCAGUCGUCUGAGCCAGCAGAUGAAGACUAGUGUUAGCAGCAGCAGCAAAACCCCAGCAGGCUCCAAGAGCUCUCCUCCCAAAGAGAAGAUGUCCCCUGCCUCCCCCAUGGAUGACAUUGAGAGAGAGCUAAUGGCGGAGGCGAAGGUCAUGGACCAGAUGAGUAGUGGGGACUCGUCCUCAGACUCCCACAGCUCCUCCUCCAGUAGUGGGGACAGCUCCAGCAGUAGUGAUUCUGAGGACGAGUCCCGGCACCCGCCUCCCCCCGGCCCCUCUGGGGGUCCCCUCACAGCGCCACCACCCCACCAGGGCAUGCCCAUCCUCACCACCGUUACCACCACCACCAUCUCCUCACCACCUCGGGGUGGAGGACACCUCAUGAGUACGCUAAAGAAUGACCUGCAGUUAAGUGAGUCUGGCAGUGAAAGUGACGAUGACUGACCAGUGAGAGACCACUGAUUCUGUGGCGUGUCAGAGAGGUCCAUCUGUGGACAGCUGCACUGACCUUCACCUGGAUGGAUGGCUGUCCUUUAGGGUCACAACAGGAGUGGAAUGAGACUAGGGAAUAUGGAUGUGAUCUUUUUAAUGACAAAUAAGACCAAACCCCUACACCUUUUGGAAGCAACACCCCUCACCAGCCCACCAGCAUUUCAGUUGAAUGUGUCUUCAUAGUUCUAUCAAUAGUCUCAGUUGUCGAUAUCUUUUAGUGCCUUUUUGAAAGAAAUGGGUCAAUAGCUGUGAUCAAUUCUCUUAUCUACACAUUUGAUCUGGGUUAUUUUCACUGUUCAUUUUAGGUAGUGGUUACUCUACUAGUUUAAGUUUUACUAUUAGUUGGCCAAAGGGAACUGGGAACCAUACUGAUGAAUUGAACAGAGGAGGUAUUUCUGUUAUCAAGGAUCAGCCACAUCAAUAUCAGAAUGGAUUCCGCUUCAUUCACCCAUUUGGAAAGACUUCAAGCAUCAUAUAGCGUCAAUGUUUCAUUAUUUAGCCAUUAGACUGUGACUACUGUGAAAGAUUUACUCUUAAAGGGGAUAGGUUGAAGCAGUCUUAUCAUGUCGUUGCUUUAUUAGGAAUUAUCUUAAUUUGACUUUUGUUUAAUAUAUGGCCUAGCAACAUAUCAAGUCUAUUUGAGGAAACUAGUGCACUACUUGAAGUGGAUUGAUUUAGCCUAGUGUGGGGUAAACGUAACUUAAAGAUUUUGCUCAGUGAUGCUACGUAAUAUAUUUGAAAGAUUACUUGGCUUUGUUGCUUUAAACCUGCAAUACUUGAAUCUGAUUUAUGAUUAUAUUUGACAUAUUUUGUCAGGAAAAACCAACAGCUUAAUAUAUUCUAUGGGUGUCAGAGCAAUGGGAGUGUAUGUAUGCACCUAUAGCCUGAUGCCAGUGAGAGUCUUACAGCCCUGCCUUUACAACUGCCAUUCCAAUGACUACUAUCCCUUCUGUUGUUAUGGUUACUGAAGUGAAUCUCAAAAGUAUUUCCUUGAUUCCCUGCAUCCUUGAUUCAUCGAUUCUUUCACAAAAUGCAUUGGAGGAGAAGGUCUGAGAGGAGGUAGUUGGAUCUUCUCUUCCAAUGUGUUUUUAAAAAUUAAUAAAAAGAGGCUAUUCAUCAUGGAAUUAAUGAGACGCGUGAUGAAUCCAGGAAAUGCGUUUGAGACAUAUCCCAGGUCAUAUCUCAUAUCUUAGUGUUGCACCCUCUCUAAAGUAUCAUGUUACAACAUUACGGUCGUCCCAAUAAUCUCUCCUUUCUCCUGAGCUGUGCACCUGUUCAUGGAUUUGAAUGGAAAUGGAAAUGCACUAUUAUACAAAUCAAUAUUGGGGGGAAAAUCUGACUGUUAUGCUAAUGUAAUGCAAAACCUAUAUGCAAAGGAAAAAUGCAGCAAAAAUAUGAAUUGAUGUAAUUGUAAUCUAGCUGAAUAUAUUGAUAAAAGUAAUCUUGUCCUAGAGAGAUUCACAAAACUUCACGCCAGGGUAAGCCUACACAAAACACAGUUUUAAUUUGAAUUGUUUCUAAAAUCCCCUAUGGGAAAAAUGAAAGGUGUAAAAAUUCUAGGAAGCGUUUGACUGCUAGCAUUUCUGGGUAUUAUUACAUCUCCACUGUGGGGCUCUGAGACUUGGAUUUAAAAGGAAUAGACUGGUGGAAAAAAAUGAGGUGGAAGGAAACUUUAAUUUGCCCAUGUUUACACCACUCCAUUGCUUUUUAGAUUUAGUAGUACAUGUAAUCUGGAAUAUUGGCCCAUGGUACAUGCACAGAUAGAACAAUUGAGACAGAUAUUUCACCGGAUGUAUAAAUGUGAAGCAUCCACUUGGUGUUUCCACUCACUACCAAAUAUGGUAGUAAGAAGAAACCCACUGGCCGACAGUGGGAGAAGAUGGAACGAGAUGGAUUUUGGCCGAAAAUCUGGACAUUUUCUCGUUGAUUAAACAUUUGAUCUCAAUACAGUUUCCCGUUCCCAAAACUAUAAUCUGUUAUGGACAGAGUGGACAAAGUUUUGUAAACUUCCUUUGCAAAGGUUUUUAAAAAUCGAGUUGUCCAAAACUAUAAUCUGUUAUGGACAGAGUGGACAAAGUUUUGUAAACUUCCUUUGCAAAGGUUUUUAAAAAUCGAGUUGUUUAGAAGGAGUGCAAAGGCGAAUUGAGUUAUUAUACACAGGAGCACUUCACAGAGUAAGCGUUCCCUAACGAAAAUAUGCAGAUGUAUACUAGAACGUGCCAAUAGGAUCUCACUAGCCCGUGUAUGGCUCUGCCCACCUCCUUGCUUGUUCUGCCCACUAUGACUAAUUUGUUCCCAUUGGAAACGACAGGCUGUGGAAUAUAUUGGUUUAGUUAUAAAAAUCUUUGGUACAUGUUUUAGUUUGAGAAAUCUGAUUUUACGUGUCCAUUUAAACCACUGUAAAUCCACUCCACAGUGGCCUGUCAAUUUAAAACGUGUAAUCUCUAUCAUGGAAACACCUAAAAUGAACAAAACUGAAUUUGGUAUUGAUACUAUUUUUAAAACAAGGUAACUGUUAACUCAUUCUUUGCAUAUGUAACGCUAAUGCUCUAAAUCAUCUGCAGUCAUUUUCUCCUCUUGAACCUUACUCCAGAUUUUGUAUUUAGACUCAUUACAUCAGUUUUGAACGGUUUUGAGUAAAACAAGUCGCUGCAUUGUACCUAUAGACGCACGUUACCACACAUGCUAAUGCUAAAAAUACUUUAAAAAUCGACUUCUCACUAACCAUAUAUAAGUGACUCCAGAGUUGGUAGGGUAGCCUAGUGGUUAGAGUGUUGGGCUAAGGUUGCAAGUUCGAAUCCCCGAGCUGACAAGGUACAAAUCUGUCGUUCUGCCCCUGAACAGGCAGUUAACUAGAAGGGGCUAGAAGCGUCUUAUAUGGUGAGCUACCGAGUGGCUAGGACAGGCAAGGAGGACUUAAUUCUUCCUGCUGCCACGGAUAUGGCUGGGACAAUCCUGGGGGAAAAGGCCCAAAAAACUAUGCAGACAAUGUCUUCAUCAAACAACACCUUUUCACGACGCAUCAGUGACACGGCCGGAGAUGUUUUAAAACAAUUACUGCUUUGCAUACAAGCCAGUGAAUUAUAUGCAUUAGAGCUGGAUGAGUUAACAGAUGUGGCCGGCCUGGCACAGCUCUUGGUAUAUGUCCGUUACGUUUAUGAGGGGUCAAAUAAGGAAGACAUCCUUAAAAUACAAUAAGUUGUGUGUUAUUAGUUUAAGCACAAUGUGUUUGUCCAUUGUUGUGACUUAGAUCAAGAUCAGAUCAAAUGUUAUGACAACUGUAUGCAGAAAUCCAGGUAAUUCCAAAGGGUUCACAUACAUUUUCUUGCCACUGUAUAUUCAACACCUUAUGGAACAGCAGGGUCUGUGAAACAACACAAAAACACACGCACGCACACGCAUUAUACAUACACAUGGAUAUAGUACUAUAGAUAUGUAGGGGCCUGAGGGCACACAGUGUGUUGUGAAAUCUGUGAAUGUAUUGUAAUGUUUUUAAAAUUGAAUAAACUGCCUUAACCUUG